AUGACUAACAUCAUUUCAGGGCAGAAGACUGGUGGACAAUAUUUGGUUGGUGGACUUGAUUGUACAGUGCAUAUAAAUUUCUUUGGCAGCCAGAUUCAAAGCUUUGAGGCAGAGCUUUUAGUGCCAGAGCUUGUCUCCAAGGAAGGAGGUCCUGAAUCAUUUUGUGGAAUUUUUAUUCAUGCCCCUGCAAUUCUUGAAGCAGGGCCAAAAGUUCAAGUGCUGGCUGAUUAUCCUGAUUCAUUGGAGGACCAGGCCUCACAGGGUUCCUUUGCAGCCCAUGGAUGUCAGGAUGUACUGAUUGCUGCAAUUGGGCAACCAGAACACCCUGGUUAUAUGCGUGCUGCUAGAGCCGGUGUCACGAUCAAGAAAUACUUUGGACCAGCUCCAAGGACCUCCAGCACGUCUUCCUCCAUGGCUCCCGAAGACCUGGGGCAGCUGCCACAAUAA